AUGGUCUCUACACCGGAAUACGAUGCGAAUCAACUCGCACACCGCGGCCUGCGAAAUGUCUACGAUACAGUUUCAGAACUCAUAAAGGGUAGCAAGGCUCCGAAAGCAUUCCUGAGCAAUUUGAGUGCUGAGCUCGUUUCCGUGGCUGAGUGGCUCAAGGAGGCGAGAGGACUCGAGGAGCCAAAGAACGUCGACCGCGUUCUGAAGCUUUUAGCGAUCCUAGAGAAACUGGGCAGAUACCCUAGGAGUUUCCAGGUUUCCGUCGAAACAGACGAUCUCAGCCAAUACAAGAUCCUGCAAGAUUGGGAGGAAGCCAGACAUGACUUCCGCAAGGCUAUGUGCGACUUGGCCGCGUACAAGAACCUUCGAAGACAAAACAAGUUCCUUUCAAGUUUGGCCCGAAUCCAUAAAUCAAAACAACCAAGUCGGGUGAUCGAGUUUCUCAAGGUCAAGCCUGACGGGAAGGAAUUGAAGGUGCAACAACGAUGGGACUGUCAAGGAGUCUUGCUAUCUUACGUGCUAGCACAGUCUUUCUGGCAACUAUAUGGGUCCGACUGGAUGCGUAACCCAUGGACCAAGAGCGAUGUCCAUUUCAUGUUCGAAGAGCGGGCGGCAAAACUCGCUGGCAUCUACGUCAAUGAGCCUUUCCUCUCAACACAAUUCAACGGCCGCACGAUGCCAAAGAACCCCGCGAUGGCGCAUCGUUUCCCCAAGAUUCUUGCUCUAGGCACUAUGCUUCUCGAAAUAGGGCUCGGUGUUGGUAUAGAGACCCUCAGACUACCCAGUGAUGUGCAAAUUGACGGCAGACCACACGCGAAUACGGAUCUUAUUGUUGGAACAAGAGUACUUGCAGAGAAGAGAGCGGAGAACGAGUUCUUUCCUCCCUUUGCAGACGUAGUAGAGCGUUGUCUUGACAUACACAGUUUUCGGGAAUAUGAAGAUGAUGACGAGGGCCUCCGCCACGCAAUAGAGGAGCGCAUCGUCAACGUUCUCCAUUCUUGUUACAAUGACUGUUGGCUCAAAGAUCCCGACUUUGAUGACAUAAAUCCAGUCAUUCUGAAUCCUCCUACGUCAAGUCGAACACUGAUGUCUCUUGGCAGAGCAUCUGAUGACCGGCAUGGCGCAAGGCUCAUUGUUUCGAGCAGUCAGGCCAAUUGGGAUUCACCGCAAGGUUAUCCCAACAUACCUCAUCUCAGUGCUUCCUCUCUGCCUUCAUCGCUCGCCUACGGUCCUAUCGGUACUUUGUCAUCAAAUCAUUGGUUCGAAGAGUUCGACAUAUUCGACCGAGUUAUUCGGAGUCCUAUAUCCCAGAAUUCUAGUUCUCAGCCAUCGAGGAUUGUAAUACUGGACACUGGAGUUCGAAGUGAACUAAGUAGCCUCACCACGAGUUACAAAGACUUCAUUUCGGUCAACGGGUUCAAUUACCAGGACAACACGAAUCAUGGGACCUGCGCGGUUGCCUUGAUUAAAAGGAUAUACACGUCCGCAGAUAUCUAUGUUGGAAGAGUAUUUGAGGGACAAAAUGCUUCCGACAAUACAGCCAGUCUAAUGGCACAGGCGAUUGAUCAUGCUCGAACUAUCUGGAAAGCCGACAUCAUCGUUAUGCCUUCGGGUUUCGACGCGGCAAACACAGAUCUGGAGCUUGCCAUCAAUGAUGCUCGCAAUGCAAAAGUUCUCAUCUUUGCAGCAGCAUCCAACUUUGGCAACAUCAGGGAUAUUGCCUUUCCAGCCCGUCUUUACACCAGUCUGAAACUAUUCUGUAUGUUUUCUACGACAGCUGGUAUCCGAGCAAAUUGCGACUUCAACCCUUCGCCAUCGCCGCACGCAAAACACAACUUUGCAGUACUCGGCGAAGAUGUCGAGCUACCAAUACCUGCUUUAUCUAAUGAACCUUUCAAGCUCAGUGGAACAUCUUUUUCUGCCAUGAUUGCGGCAGCAAUCGCAGGGCAGAUCCUCGAGUUUGUUCGCCACGAACAUGCUAGUGGAUUGAUUUCCUGCGCUGACAAGAUCCGCACAGUAGAGGGUAUGUCUGCAGUCUUCUCGGCCAUGGCGCAAGAUAAGGACAAUGGCUAUCACUGCAUAGCACCAUGGAAAAUUCUUUCUCAGAGAUUGCGUCAUGAGACAGUCGAUAAAGUUGAAGCACGGGAAGACCUUCGCAUCACAAUCAUCCGAGCAUUGGAAUCUUGUUAG